GUGUGGGAUUCACACGGCAAAUUGAUGUUCGCAUCGAAGUUGUUCCAGCACCCUGUCACUGCUGUAUCAUGGUCAUUCGACGGUCGUAUGUUCCUUGCAGGCUCUUUCAACACGCUUUGUCUUGGUGACAAAUUAGGAUGGAUACAUUCGCUUCACAAGCUGCAAACGUCUACGGUUUCUUCAAUAAAUUGGGCAUCGAACGACACGCAAGUGGCAGUUGGAUUCAAUGGAGAAACGCCAAUCUGUGCAACUGUCGUGCAGAGGUAA